AUGUCUACCCAAGUGUCCUCCUUCGACGUGUUCAUCUCUCACACUUGGCAGACGUCUGGACUUCGGAAGUAUUCGUCCCUUCUGCUGCAGUCUGGCUGGAAGGUGGCGACUCUUUCUGGCGUUGCCGCCGUUGCUGCGGCUUUCGCCCUCGGCGCCACAUCGGUGCUCCCAUUGCCUUUCCAGAUAACACCGUUGCAGUGGGACUUCGAGGAGACGUGCCCUUUUGGGCCUUGGGGCUGUCUCUCUGGCAGCUUUGUCACAAUUCUUGGGUUAUUCAUCUCCCCGCACUUCCCGUACCGCAAAUCUUCGAUGUGCUUCCUGGACAUCGUCAGCAUCAAUCAGGUCAACCCAGAUCUCACCGAGAUGGGAGUUUAUGGAAUUGGAGGAUUCCUGAGUGUCGCAGAGGAGUUGCGAAUUCUUUGGUCUGUUCCCUACAUGUCCAGGCUCUGGUGUCUUGGCAACACUUUCACACUGCGGCAGUUUUGA